GCUCGCCACGGUGCAACUAUCAAGCCAAAACUUUGCUCUUGGUCACAAUCCUGAAGAUAUGAUGACGUCCUGCAAGCUCGAAUCACUACAUACUGAUGUCACCAUUCUUAUUUUAUCCGCAGUCACGUCGCUCGAGGAUCUCAGCGCCCUCAUCCGGGCUUCACCUAUCUUGUACCGGACCUUUCUGUUGGCCAAGACGUCGAUUCUUGCCAAUAUCAGCUAUGGUGACCUCGGACCCGCUAUAAGAGAUGCCCUCAUUCUAGUACACACGGAGAGGCAGCCGUUCUCUUCGGGGGAUCGUAACGUUUACAACAAGAGGGUGGAAGAGACUGUGGCGAACUGGAGAACGCGCCUCUUGUCUAGUAAAGAAGAUUGGUUAAGAGGAGCUUCGGAGGCAGAAGCCGAACAUCUCGUGCGGAUAAACCGGACGGUCCAGUAUUUUGUUGACCUCUACGCGCGUGUCAGGUUUACCUACUUCGAACGAGAACUCGGCUCGAAAGCCGGCUGCUGGGGUUUGAGCAUUACAGAGCGCCAACAGCUAGCGCAGGCUUUUAUCCGUUGCCAAGUCAUACUGAAUCUGUAUUGCGCGCCAGGCCUGCCACCGUUCGACCAGGGAUUUCUCGUCACCCGCGUCUUGGCUCUCUUUGAAGCUUGGGAGAUGGAGCAGAUAUCGCAGGCCGAUACCUUUGCAUAUACCAUGUGCAGCGCCCUAGUCCACUGUGAGAAUACGGAGGCCGGAGUGCCCCCGACUCCAGCGUGGUGGGAUGCCACGCGGCGGGCGCUGCGCGAGGCCGCGCCUAUCGCAGGUGCUGUGCAGGACGGCCCUAUUCCAAGAGGGCGGUACUAUAAGGACUACUACCCAAAGCUGUGGUCGCUGCGGCGCAAGAUCAUCGAGUCCACCUCACACGACCCGGAUCUCAUGGAUCGGAUACUACACUGGCGCGAUGUCACCAACGGCAAAAUGGCAUAUACGCCGUACAAGUUCCUGCACAACAGCCAUCAAUUUCAGUCCGAAUACCAAACUCGACGUCCCCCGCCGCCUUCGAUCCCGUGCAACCUCGCUUCGCAAACGCCAACUCAUCCGCCGUGGGGAUGGGUGGAGGCGAUGGCCGGGCACAUCGGCGAUCGAUGGGGAAGGGACUUACUUCCAUCGCCACCAAACGGUACCGCGGCUGAAAUCUGGCAUGCUACCCAGCAAAAGUUUGAAAAAUGGAGAUGGGCUGGUUUUGUCUUCUGGGAUAUGGAUCGUGCCGUGAUAGUGAAGGAAAAGGGCUUGCUAGGCGAGAACGUGGGCGCCGGCUGGUUGGUCGCACCGUGGGGGUAGUCUGUCAAGACGUUGCAGAAUUCGAGGUCGAAGAGAAGUUGAUGAAAUAUAAACUUUACACAUUUCUUGUAGAACAAAAUAGAAGCGGUAGAGCCGGUUACCUGAAGAGCUUCACAAGGGUCUUUCGGAAGCAUUAUGAGAAGAGAGGGUGGAUACCGUGUGGACUUACUUGAAUCUGCUCGUCCCCUUCACAAUUUGACGCCGUUCCUAGUGUAGUGUUCCGCAAGUGUUCGAGCAGUUCAAAGUUUACUCUCCACAAAAGAGUUAUCUUCGGAGAUGGGUAGAAAUAUAGCUAUGAGCGGCACGCCAAACUUGCGCAAUAUGCGCAGACAUACGG